GAGGGAUGUGCACACAGUGUUGAAUGGGACAAGGCAUUUUAACAUUUUAUCGCCUUUUUCUGCUUUUUUACGCAUAUUUAUCUGUAAACGUCUGAUUAUCAGCACUAAACUCAGAGUCUGAGUCGAUCAGAGGACUGUUUGAGACACGAUGGAAAGUUUUGUACUGAACACGUUGCUGUGGGGGUUUUAAGUGGCCUUUUAAAUGGAUGUAAACGCAGGAUCUGAAUGCUGAUUUUCUGAACUGGAUUACUGGCUGAAUCAUGGCUAAAAUCUCCAAGGAGUCACUCUGGACAGACAGGGUAAAUAUUGAGGUGUUAGACUAACUUUAACUAUACUGGAAAUUAUUUCCACUGCCAUCAAAUGACAGUACUGGAGCUCAGUUUUAUGUUUGCACAAAAUAAGUUGCUGGAGAUCCGACGCAGUUUAACUGUAAAUGUAAUUGAAAGUAACUGACUCGAGUAAAAUUGCAGCUUCAUUUCUUUGUAAUUGUUUUGCAACUUUCUUUUAAUUGUAACUAUCCUUGCAAAAGCCGUUCUGAGUUGGAUCUGAGGAACGUUCUAAUGCUCUUAUUUUCCUUUAUGUAAAGCCCUUUGAAUUGCCACUGUUUAUGAAAGGUGCUCUAGAAAUACACUUAACUUCCCUAAUUACGCUCACAUGUUCACCACUCCAAUCAGAUGUGAUUUCAUAUAGACCAACCAAAGAUGACACUCACAAAUCCCACAACUGCUGGUUAGAUGUAUGUACAUGAAUGCAGCCCAGUGUGUUUGACCACGUAAAACGUAUUGUGGUUAAGAAAGAAAGAGGAAGUGAAGUUAAGCAAACUCCACUUUUCUGCCACGUCCGUCUCUCCAAAACUACAGAAGACACACAACAGGCAGUUCCAUCAGUGACGGUCUAAUUUAGUAGAGUCCAAAUAAGUGUUAGUGAAACCACUCUCACAAGAGGAACUGGAGACCAGCAGGAUGGAGUUGUCUGAGUGUGUGAAGACGGAGGACGUGUACCAGACACUCCAGUAUCCUCCUUCAGUGAAGAACCCAAACCCAACACAUGGAUCACAGUGGAGCAGCAGGCUAAUGAUGAUCCUGCUGAUCUUCAACACUCUGUUCCUGGUCAUUAUACUGAUACUGAUCGGGCUCUUCAGGCCGGUAAUGGAUGAGAAAAAGGAGGCGUGGCUUCUCUAUGAUGGGUCAUUCUACUUGAUCUGGGAGGCAGAGGGGAACUGCACUGAAGCAGCAAAGUUCUGCAGAGCAAGAGGAUCCAACAUCAGACUCGCCGUUCUAACACAGAGGAACCGGGACUGGCUGGUAACUCAGGCUAAGAAGAAGAAACUGCUGGUAGCAGAGGAUGACAGUUUUUCCAGGUGUAAACUGGUCGGUGAUCCGGUGCGCUUGGAGACGCCUUUCAUCCCUGGAGAAGAGCAAGGCUGGGUGUGUGAGCAUUACCACAGACAAGAGGGGAGUAAUUUACAAGGACCGCCGGGACCGCCGGGACCACCUGGACCACGUGGACUACAAGGACCACCUGGACCACAAGGACCAGCUGGACUACAUGGACUACAAGGACCAACUGGACCAAUUGGACCACCUGGACCAAUUGGAAUUCCUGGACCACCUGGACCAUCUAGAACAUAAUUUUAGAUGAAAUGUUGUUUAAUGAUCAGCACUUUAACCAUUUUCCCUCUAAAAAAGAGCAAAGCCCACUCGUUCUAUUGCUGUUAGCAUACACGCUAACAACAUUAGCAUUAUAACUUCAGAGCUAGCACAGCUUACACUGGUGGAUUUCUUUACACAGUGAUCGUUCGACAUUCCAGCUUACACUGAGAUGCAGUUAAUGUAGUUGCACUUACGGACUUUAUCCUCACCUGAAAGAGUGAACAAUUGCUAAGUAACACUGUUUAUCCUGCAGGGGGAGAAUGUCCAGCUGAGGUCAGACGCAGCUCACAUGAGCACUUAGUUUAGGAAGAGCUGCUGUUGCUUUAGUAAGACCCCUGGCAGGUUCCAGUGAAAGUGUUGUGUUUUUGUUCUUUCAUUUAUUAUAAUUUAGCUCUGUAUUGCAGGAUGAUGAUGUCACUUUUUUUAAUUAGCUUGCAUUACCCAUGGUUCAUUUUGGGCGAUGCUUGUGCAUGUGAGUGUGUUUACAUGCACUCAAUAAUCCAAUCAUAAUCAGAUUUCUGCAGUUAUCUGAUUAUUCAAACGGUCAUGUAAACAGCACACUCAGAUUUCUUAGAUCGGAGUAAGGUCUAGAAAUCCGAUUAAGAAAUCUGAUAAAGAGGCUGGAUUUUAGCUCAGUAAUCAGAUUUCUCAGUGCUGUAAACUCUUACUCUGAUUUCUUUCCGAUUUCUCAGUCUGACGCUGAAACUAAAUUCAAGCAUGACAAAAUAAAAGAUUUUAAUACUCUUCAUCUGCUAGAUGAUGUCUGUUCAUAUUUUCAGGUAAAGUGACGCAACAUUUAUCUUAAAAAAAGCCUCGAAACGAAGUUCAAGUUUUUCAACUUCAUUUCUCUAUUAUCAGAUUACCCGAAUGCAUGUAAACAUGAUCAUUUCUGCAGUUAUUGCAUUAUUAAGUGCAUGUAAACACAAUCAGUGUGUGUCAGUCAGUCGGUCAGUGACUCAGUUAGCUGUAAGCUGCACUGCCACGUCACAUUUUCUUAACAAGUGCUUUAGACUUAAUUAACAUUUUUCAUCUGCUUGUCAUUUACUUGAUAGAACCUCUACAUGACCUUCUGUCUCUGAGCUCUCUGAUCAACCAACAAAUCAUUUUUAACUUCCAAUAAACAAAGCUUCCUCUCUGAA